CGAGAGACUAUAUAGUUGUUUUAAUAGUUUUAGAAUAUGAAUUGCAAUUUUUCGGUGAAACUUCGAGUACCGAUAUGUGUAAUUGGUGUUGUAAGAAAAAGAAUGAAUGUUUUUGUUCUGAAUAUAAUAAAGAGAAGCCUCCACCUGAGAAUAGCUAUAUUAAUGUGGAAGAAAGUGAUGAUGAAUAUAAUGAAUGA